CUCCCCCUGACCCGCCCCCUCCCGCCCUCCUCUCCCCCUCCGUAGCACCAUGGCCCACUUCCGCCCCGGGCGCCUGAACGCCAAAUCCACCCUGCUGAUGCUGUGCGAUGUGCAGACGCGCUUCUCCGAGGUGGUGUCCUUCUUCCCGUCGGUCUCCUUCGUGGCCAACCGCAUGGUCCGCGCCUCGACCAUCCUCGACCUGCCGGUCAUUGCCACCGAGCAGAACCCCCUGCGCCUGGGGGCCACCGUGCCCGAGGUGGGCCUCGACGAGCUGGUCACCUCCGGCCGGGCCUCCGUCUACCCGAAGACCAAGUUCUCCAUGAUGAUCCCGGAGGUGGUGCGCGACCUGGAGCGCAUGAAGCCCAAGUCGGUGGUGGUCUUCGGCCUGGAGGCGCAUGUCUGCGUCCAGCAGACGGUCCUGGAUCUGCUGGCCCGCGGCGACGUGGAAGUGCACGUUCUCACCGACGGGACCUCCUCGCAGCGGACCUUCGACCGCCAGACUGCCUUCGAGCGCAUGAAGCAGGCCGGCGCCUUCCUGACCACCAGCGAGUCGGCCCUGUUCGACAUGCUGGAGAACUCCGCCGACAACCCCCACUUCAAGCCCAUCUCCAACCUGUGCAAGCAGCUCCCCCCAGACACGGGCAUCCCCUUCCAGAAGUGAGCGGCGCCAACCUGGUCGGGUGACGGCGGGCCGCCUGAUGCUCCACCCACCUGCCAUACCUCCCCUGAGGUCCGGCCCUGUGCGCACGCUGCUGCCCCGUCCCGCGGCGGCAAAGCGCGCGCGCGCGCGCGCGCAUGGGCAACCACGCCCAAAGCAAUAACACUCGCCCUCCCCCGCA